AUGUCGGGUAAUUCUGCUUGGGACCACAACCUUCAGAAUUUACUUCAGGAGGCUGCCAUGCUUCAGACACUCGGCUCUUCUCUCGCAAAACCCGGUGUUCUGACCAGUGCGUCAACACUAUCUUCAAUGCGUACUUCAGCUUUCUCGACCGUCACGCCAAUCGGAUGCCCAGUCGAGAUUCUAUCUACUAUUGAGAUAUUCGCAUCUCAGAGGCGGCAUGGCUGUGUUUUUUACGAUCAGACGACCAACUUCGCCGCCCUUGAGGAAGCACUACAUCAAAUGCGAUCGUAUGAUGUUGUAUCAUGGGCUUUGCAUAAUACCACAGAAUCCUCGAAAGUGUCGCCCCAAGAUGUGAUGCGUCUUGGUACUAUCUGGAAACUUUCUGCCGACAUUUACGCUUGCCGUGUUCUCGCUUGCCUCGCGGGGCAUAACUUCACAUCUGAGUCACUGCAGGUUCAAAAUCUCAUAGCAGAGUACGCAUUCCUGGAGCGUGAGGAUGAUGAGCUGAUCAAGUGUCUCAUAUGGCCAACAUUCAUUGCUGGGGCAGCGAGUACAGGCUACGAGGCUAGAGCUUGGGUGCUCAAAACCUUGGAUAGAAUCUGGAAUGCUGGGCAUUGUGCCAACACCAAAAAUGCUGCCAAGGUUUUGGGGAAACUGUGGGAGAAACACGACCAGGCGAACCUCAGUCCUUCGUCGACACAUGCCACUUCUCAAGUGGCUCAGUUUCAACAUUGCAGCUGGGACUGGCUUAGCGAGCUAUCAAAUCUGAAAGGUUCAUGGCUUUUCGUGUAG